AAACAAAGAAAUCAGACUAACAAAAUUAUUAAAGAAACGGAAAAAAAAAAAAAAAAUAAUGAAGAAGCAGUGUGGGUUUGGCUCCUGUGGCGGCGCACUGCCCGCAUACUAAGCAACUCUCAAAGGCAGAGAACCCAAGCAAAGACCAUAUUCAUUUUACAGUGAGGAGCAAAAACGAAAGAAAACCCAGCAUCUGUGUUUCUGUGUCUGGGUGUUUUAAUGGCUCUGUUGGGAGAGAAUAACCAUUGGGACCCGAUGCCUAUUAGUAGGAGUGAAUCGUUUGGUAGUGGGUAUUACAACUAUAUGGAGCAGAACAAUAACAACAACAACAACAACAACAACUUCUUGUACAACAACAGCAGCUACAUGAUGAUGGAAAAGAGGCAGCUUUUUCUUAAGAGCUAUAAGUUUUGCAGGAAAAAGAGUCUGACUGAGAGGAUCAAGAGGUCGUUGAUCAGAGUGAAAAGGGUCAUAUGGCUUAGAUUGCGCGCUGCUCGUAGAUUCAGAGGGUUGGUCUGUUUCAGACUCAGACAUGGCCUUUCGUACAGGAGGAGAAGAUUUCUCCGUCUUCUUAACAAUUAUCACCAUCACAGCAAGUGCAACAACUCCUACUGCUUCUGGUAGAAGGACUAACUUCUUCUUUUAUUUUUUAUUUAGUUUUUUUAAUUCUUCUCUUCAAUUUGAUGGUGAUUUGUUAAAUUUUAGUACCUUCAAAAGGGUUUCUUUUACCGGGCUAGAUCGAUCUUUCUUAGUGUCAGACAUAAACACAAAAAGUUAUGUUACCCUAUUACAGUUCUUUCUGUUCUUCCUCUAUAAAUAUAUACACAUGAUGAUUCUGUUCUGUUAUGUUCUAUGACAGCUGUUAAUCAUCUUUAGAUUAUGGAAAUUCCAAAUAAUUACUUGUAUAUAUCUGAUCAAAUUGAGAAUCCCAAAAUAAAAGCUUAUUGUAUUAUUGUAUA